CAGCUUUGAAGUUGGGGGCAAAGACUGAUAGUUAAAAUGCCCUCCAGCAGGACUGGGAGCUGCAAAAAUAUCCAUGCUGCUUAUGGUUGAGACAGUCUGCUGCCAGUGGAACAUAUAUAUGGGCCUUCAGGAGGCACCAACCCUUUUGGAAUAAGGCCAGAAUGUGUUUCCAGUGCUGCAAUAAGAGUCAGGAAGUACCACUUCCUGAAAACAAAUUCAUGGCAAUGUCUAUGCAGGAUUUUCAGAUGUGCCCUGAUGCUAUAAGCCCUCAUUGCUUCCAGGAAUGCAACUCUCCUCUAGCGUGGCUGAACUCAGUCGUGAACAGACAAUGGAUCCUCCUGCUGAGGACUUCCAACAGGUUCUCUCCAUUGACCAGAUCCGCUCCAUUCGUGCCAGCAAUGACUAUGUAGAGAGACCUGCUGUCUCCUUCAUGCAAGCUCGGUCCAAUCCAUCCCUGCCACAGAAUUCCCACAAGACAGAGUGGUCUCAGGAUCAUCUGGUGUCUUCCACUUUCCAGGACCUACACCGCAGCCAGAGUCAACACCACCAGAUACCACCCUUACAGCCACACUUGAGUCACUCCAGCACUGCUAGCUCCAUGUCCCGUAGCACCACUGCCUCGGACCAGAGGCUCCUGAGUGGGAUCACGCCCUCACAGUCCGGGCACUCCAUCAUCCGGACGCCGCCCAGAAUGGCUGACCUGAAGCCUGAGGAACCGUUGAAGGGGGUGGCAGAGAAGCCCAGCCUUCACUCUGGACACCUCUUUAUCUGUGAGGAAUGUGGGCGCUGUAAGUGCGUCCAUUGCACGACUGCCCGCACCUUGCCUUCCUGCUGGCUCUGCAACCAGCGCUGCCUCUGCUCGCCUGAGAGCCUCAUCGACUAUGGGACUUGUCUCUGCUGCGUCAAGGGUCUCUUCUACCACUGCUCCACUGACGAUGAGGACACCUGUGCCGACGAUCCCUGUUCUUGUGGUCCAGGGUCCUGCUGUGCCCGCUGGGCUGCCAUGAGCUUCCUUUCUCUUCUCAUGCCCUGCCUCUGCUGCUACUUUCCUACCUUGGGGUGCCUCAAACUUUGCCAGCGGGGCUAUGACAGCCUGAGACGACCUGGCUGCCGCUGCCAGAACCACACCAAUACCGUCUGUAGGAAGAUUUCCUCUUCCAGUGGGAAUCCCUUUCCCAAGACUCUGGAUAAGCCAGUAUGACCUCCUUCAGUGAGGAAAAUUGGCUCUUCUUCUCCUUCAGCUCCCUCUGCUGGGCACCCCUUUGGGAAACGAACAAACAGAUGAACAGUUAAUCAGUCAGUCAGUCAGUCAGUCAGUCGGUGAGUCCUGCCAGGGAGCACGAAGCAUGUUCUGAGACAAAAGGAAUCUUGCUCCUGCAGCCAAGCCAAACGGUCUGGGUUUUGCACAUUUCAGCAAAGGACAAAGACAGAUGGAGCCAAAUGCUGAUGCAUGCACUAGGCACUAAUUGUCAACAGGGGGGUUGAGUGUGGGAUCUGUCACUGGAUGGCUCAGGACUCUGUGACCUCAGAAUACCUUAGGAGUUCCUCUAUGGUGGGUUUAAAAUGGUGAUGUGUCCUAGCACUAUAAUCCUCCAGGGACCAGACCACUUAACUCAGUUCUCUUUCAUUCAUUCCUUCUAUGGCACUUUCCUGACUGGCACCUCCCAAAGGCUCUUACUUGGUUCCAGUCUGCUGUACUAGGUGCCAGUUUCUCAAAGGGAGAUAGGCCAUUGUAGUAAACCAACCAAGGGCAACACCUUACACACGCGCGUGCACACACACACACAUGCACACGCGCAAAAUAAAAGAUCAAGCUUCUAAUCAUUUUAAGGUAAAAAAGGAAUAUAAGCAAACCCAAAUGUCAAUUUUUAUGGGUUCACUUGUUAGUGGAAAUAGGGAAUUGCUGAAUUAAGAAUCACACUGCCAUGGAAAGAACAUGAUAGUCUGGGUAGAGAAGAGACCCAUUUCCACUUCCGUACAUCUGUAGCUAGAGGAAAUUCAUGCUAGUGUAUGGUACUCCAGGGUAGAAUUGGCUAAGAGCAAAAUGUUAAAUCUCAACUGAAGGUUAGCACAACAAAAAAUGCCUUGAGGGAAUGGUAAAGUCUGGCAUGCAAAGCCUUACCCUUCUAAGCUGCCAGUGCCAAACCAGCCCAGGUUGGUGCUGACAGGAAGGUGGCAUUACCUGAUGGUCUCCUAUUGGUGAGCUGGUAAUUUCAUUCCAUCUCCAUGUCGAUGUAAUUGAAACCCAUCACACCAGUUGGUGUUCCUGUUGACAGGAUCAGUAGAGAGGCCAAGAAUUAAGUAGACCAUGGAGCUUGACCUACCUUUUCACCUCUACAGGUUGUCCCUUUAGGUUUUGGGUGAGGUACACUAGUUGGGAGAUGAAUAGGAAGCCCACCCUGCUGCCCUGUCCUAUUGAGAAAGAGAAGCCUUCAGACUCCAAGGCUUCCAAUCUAGUACCUUUCACCAGCACUGAAUUCACUUUAAAGAGAGAAAAACAGAAUGAAAUCUUAAGAACAAUUGCCAACUGAAACCACCUUUACUAUGGUUUAAGAACAGUUACACAUGCUUGUCUCUGUCUACAAAUGGAGAUAAGCUGAGGUCCUGACUUUGGGCUGGAGGGGGGAAGGAAAGCUGUUUAUCAGAAGACAGAAGUAGAUGGGUAAGAGAAGUGGGUAAUACCUGACUCACCCUCCCCAGUUCAAGUGCCUCAUUUAUUUUCUGCUGUGAUAGAGAGCGCUACACAAAAGCAAGAUUCAGCUGAGCAACUUUGCACCCUGUAGGCAAGCCUGAUGUUGAUACAAGGGGUUCUGAGACAGGAAAUGUUGGCUGCAAACUAGAGAUGGGUCUGAACCAACUCCCCAGAUCUGGACAUCUUCAGACAAGGAGGAAUUUUAGGUCCAGAUUGUGUUUCCUGGUUGGUUGUCUACAAUGAGCCAACCUUCUCUAUCUGA